CGGGCAGGCUGUGCAGAAUGAGUAGGUGAUCUCAGCUCCCAGUUAGCACAAAGGGAAAUAAACAUGGCAACAGACUGGAGUGUCUGGCAGGGAUAUACACUAACUUUAAUAGCUUUCAUAUGGUGGAUGGCAGGCACAGGAGCCGAGACGGGGGUCCCGGAGACUGGUAGUCCCACCCGGAUCUUCGGCAUGCGGCUGGAGAGGAGUGACAAGCCGGCCACGACCACCAAUGACGGGGUGAUUCAGGUAACAGAAGAGAGCAACAUCUUCCUGAGGUUCUACGGGCUACAGAUUCUUCCUGACACCUCAUCACAGAUCAGAUUCACCGACCAUGAACAUGAGGAAGGUGAUGUUACCAGCAACAAUACUCCUUUUAACAGGACUUGUGCAGACUAUAGCAAAGAUAUCGUUAUCAGGGGUGGCAUGAACGUGAGCCACCUCCGAACCUGGGGGGUUCUGAGUUUGAAAAUCAAGCCUCUCCGGAAGAGCGAGCUCCAGAAGGAGUAUGGGCUGUGUGUCCAGGAAAGCCAGGAUGGCAAGUGGUACCUGUUGGGUGAGGAUGACGGAAGGCUGCGGGUGGUAGAGGAGAAGAAGUCCAUGCUUCCUAUGUGGUUCCAGUGCAUCCUCAUCUGCUGCCUGCUGGUACUGUCAGGUAUGUUCAGCGGGCUCAACCUGGGACUCAUGGCCCUGGAUCCUAUGGAGCUCCGGAUAGUCCAGAGAUGUGGUACCGAGAAGGAGAAGAGGUACGCCAGCAAGAUUGAUCCCAUUCGGAGGAAAGGGAACUAUCUGCUAUGCUCGUUGCUCCUGGGUAAUGUGCUUGUCAACACAACUCUCACUAUCCUUCUGGAUGACUUGAUAGGGUCAGGCCUGGGUGCUGUGGUCGCCUCCACUAUAAGUAUUGUCAUAUUUGGGGAGAUUGUGCCCCAGGCUCUGUGCUCUCGCCACGGGUUGGCUGUAGGAGCCAACACUAUCAUGGUGACCAAGUUCUUCAUGUUGGUCACCUUCCCCCUGUCAUGGCCUAUCAGUAAACUCCUGGACUGUGUCCUGGGCCAGGAGAUUGGUACUGUGUACAACCGGGAGAAGCUAGUGGAGAUGUUGAGGGUGACAGAACCAUACAAUGACCUGGUCAAAGAGGAGCUAAACAUGAUCCAAGGUGCGCUCGAGCUCAGGACCAAAACCGUUCAAGAUGUCAUGACACCGAUCAGUAACUCCUUCAUGAUCCACAGCGAUGCUGUGCUAGACUUCAACACCGUGUCAGAGAUCAUGGAGAGCGGGUACACACGCAUACCGGUGUUCGAGCACGAGCGGUCGAACAUUGUGGAUAUCAUGUUUGUCAAGGACCUGGCUUUCGUUGACCCGGAUGACUGUACGACGCUGAAGACUAUCACCAAGUUCUACAACCACACAGUCCACUUCGUGUUCCAUGAUACCAAGCUGGAUUCCAUGUUGGAGGAGUUCAAGAAAGGUAAGUCCCACCUGGCCAUUGUUCAGAAGGUGAAUGAUGAGGGGGAGGGGGAUCCAUUCUACGAGGUGCUGGGAUUGGUCACCCUGGAAGACGUCAUCGAGGAGAUCAUCAAAUCAGAGAUCUUGGAUGAGUCUGACCUCUACACUGACAACAGCAGAAACAGGAAAAAGGUGGCACCCAAUAAGAACAAGAGGAACUUCUCUGCCUUCAAACAGAGCGAGAGCGAAUCCAAAGUCAAGAUCUCCCCUCAACUGCUAUUGGCCGUUCACCGCUUCCUGACUACAGAGGUGACGUUGUUCAGCCCGUCCCAGAUCUCAGACAAGGUUCUGUUGAGGAUUUUAAGACACCCAGACGUGAUCCAGGAGAUCAAGUUUAAUGACAGUGACAAACGCUGUCCUCAACACUAUGUCUACCAGAGAGGGAAGGCAGUUGACUACUUCAUACUCAUACUGCAGGGGCGAGUGGAAGUGGAGGCCGGGAACGAAAACAUGAAGUUUGAGACAGGACCAUUCUCCUUCUACGGUGUCAUGGCCCUCAGUGCUCCCACGUUAGGGUUCCGCUGUCCGUCACACAUCAGUGGUUUGAACAGGACAGCAUCUCUGAGCGCUGAAGAUAGUACAGCGUCUCUGUCUGUCAGCGGCAGCAAUAGCCAGCUCAUUACUCAGUUCACUAUCCCCUCACCAACAUACACCCCCGACUUUUACGUACGAGCUCUCACAGACCUGCAGUUUGUCAAGAUCUCGCAGGCCCAGUACCAGAACGGUGUGCUGUCGUUUCGUCAGGACUCCAUCCCCCAGUCACCUGACUUCGGCCAGCCUCGACUGGAGGGUACCACGUCCCCCGUUAUGACCACCACUCCCGGCAAACUAUCUUCCGACACUCCCAACCCAACUCCUACCCCGGAGACCGCCUCCCUUCUGGCCGACGAGACCACCUCCCUCCUCAAUGAGCAGGACUGUCUGCCCCACAACGUGUCAGAGACCAGCAUAUAACACACACACACAGACAAUAGUACACAUACCUAUAUAUGUGCGUAUACACACAACCAAGGACUGAGGAGACUGUGUGUGGGCGCGAACAUCCAUACACACACACAAGCUGAUGUUGAACAGCAUGAGAGAUACAGGUGUAGAUCCUGAGUUAAAUACGCAAUUAAAAUCCCAUCAAGCUUAGGGUCAUGUAUAAAAAUGCUGGGCAGGCCAUUAUUUUGGCUACCAUGGCUAUGCCCCCAUAGGGAGACAAUCGCCCAUCCACAGGGCACGAGUUGUCACUGAAUUAUUUGCUUAGCAUGAAAACAAUGUAAACCAUAUGCCAUGGCCUUCUCAGUCACCAGGUCUCAACCCAAUUGAACACUUUUGGGAAAUUCUGGAGCGAUCCCUGAGACUGCGUUUUCCACCACCAUCAAUGCUAAAUGAUGGGAUUUCUUGUAGAAGAAUGGUCUCACAUCCCACCAACAGAGUUCCAGACACUUGUAGAAUCUAAGCGGUUCUGGCUCGUGGUGGCCAAAUGCCCUAUUAAGCCACUUUGUUGGGAUUUCCUUUAUUUUGGCAGUUACAUUUAUGUACAUGUGCAAAAACACACAGACAUACACACAUCCUAACUGGAAAAAAUUAUAGUUGUUUCAACUAAUUAUAAUUAAGAAACUAGUUCCACACUUUUUUUUUUGUUUAUUCAACUAUUUGAUCAGUGUUACCUGAACUUACAAUUUUUAGUUGAACCAAUCUUGGCUUCAACUUGAGAACUUUCAGUCAACUUAAAAUGUUGUGGAACUAGUUACACACAGACAGUGCUUUUGACAUUCAAUAAUUUCAACGUACAUGUUUAACACAAAGUACAUGAUCAUUUAUACAGCAAUUAUUAUUCAACAUGUCCUCACCUGGGAUUUGAACUCACAACCGCUUGGUUGAAGGCAUACUGAGCUUCCUGCUGCACCACCAUAUCUGUGUCAAUGACUGAUUUCAGCUGUAUUGCUACACUUUGCACUUCAAAGUAAAUAUCAGAUCUGUCAAAAGUAUAGUUGGAUUAAAUGAGAAUUGAUACAGACAUGGUGGCAUAGCAGGACGAUCGGCAUGCUGUGAACCAAAAGAUAUGGUGCAUAAUCAUUGUAUAAAUGACCAUGCACAAAGUAAAAACGUACACUGAGUGUACAAACAUUAGCAACACCUUCCUAAUAUUGAGUUGCACCCCCCUUUGACCUCAGAAAAGCCUCAAUUUGUCAGGGCAUGGACUGUACAAGGUGUUUGUAUUUGUAUUUAUUAUGAUCCACAUUAGCAAAAUCCAAGGCAAAAUUAAGGCAGUUAUAUAAUUUUGUAUAAAAAUACAUUCAUUACAGAAUUCACAACAUAUUAAGUGUGUGCCCUCAGGCCCACAAUCCACUGUCAUAUCUACAAUGCAAAAUCCAUGUGUACGUCUUUGUAUAGUGUGUAUGUUAUGUGUUUGUAUGCAUGUAUCUGUGCCUAUGUUUGUGUUACUUCAUAGUCCCCGCUGUUCCAUAAGGUGUAUAUUUACCUGCUUUUUAAAUCUGAUUCUACUGCUUGCAUCAGUUACCUGAUGUGGAAUAGAGUUCCAUGUAGUACUGUGCGCCUCCUAUAGUCUAUUCUGGACUUGGGGACUGUGAAGAGACCUCUGGUGGCAUGUCUUGUGGGGUGUGCAUGUGUGUCUGAGCUGUGUGCUAACAUUGGACCUAGUUCCCAGCACUGUGGCUAGGCUGGACAAUAGACGAGUCCAAAUUCACCCAAGGCUGAAAAAUGGCAAAAUAACGUUGGUUAAGCUGGAACACUAGUGCAAGCCCAUAGAAAAUUAAUGGAAUCGAACAUUCAGUCUGUUUUGACUGGAGUGACGCUUCGCAUUACAUUUUGUCCCAAAAUGGCACCAAAAAAUGUAUCCCUUUUUAUUUGACCACUACAAUCUGUUCUUAGGACAAAACUGAAAAAUAACUUGUGUAGAAAGUAAACAUCUGACCCUCAAUGGUGCCAAGUGUGCUUAUGUCUGCAUAAUUAGGAAGUAGGGAAAAAAUGGCAACUUCUGACUCUUUCUGUUCUAGCGUUUGAUGGCAACGGAAUACGUGUCCGACUUGAAAAAAAUCAGAAUAUACACAUUGCGAGAUAUUUGGCGAAAUAUACCAGCGUGCAUCUCCAUAGGAAAACAAUGGGGGGAGCUCAGAAUUCCAAGGGUGAAAGGUAUUUCGUGGCCUCUGAUGACAACAGAAUGUCAUGUGUCCAGCCUACUGAGGCAUUGUUGCCACUUUUCUUAUUGUUGUUUAGCUAGCUAACGUUAGCUGGCUGGCUCUUUAGCUCACUUUGUGACAUGUGUGAUUGUAAACGUUGUUUACCUAGCUAGGUUCAUUGUUUACCUAGAUAGCUAGCUAUGUCUUAAUUAAGCUAAAGUAUACUGUUAGCUGGCUGGCUCCCUGGCGGACGUUAUUAUUCAUUCCCCAGAGCUGUUUGCUUUUCUAGUUAGAGCCUAAUGUUAGGCAGUGUUGGCACUUUGCUCAUUGUUGUUUUAACAAGCUAACAUUACGUGACGUGUGUACAUCCCCCGUUGAAUAUGGCCGGUAUCAGUAAACGUCUGCAAAAAAGCGUAAUGAAAUUGUGUAAACGUCUGCAAAAAAGCGUAAUGAAAUUGUUGCCAGCAAAGCUGGUUAGUCUGUUUUUCAUGUUAUCCAGAGGUAAAACAAAUCAUCGGCCAGAUCAUGAAGUCUGCGCUCUGAGAGCGAAACGAGAUGGGUGGGGCUAAAGCUUAAGUGUGAACGAUGCUGAAUGGGUGUCGACAAAGAGCUCUUCACUAGAUACCAAAACAUUCAAAGGGGAUUUUCUCAAAAGCAGAAUUACUUUCCCAUUGUUCCUCAAAUGCAGUGUAUGAUAUACCAUUUUGUGGCUCUGAGUCUCUACUUUUAUCCAAUGUAAAAAACACAAUUUCACAUUUCGCUACAUAAGGCCAAAUCCAGGUGGUGAGUCCGAUAUUAUCCUCAGUAAUUUUCCAUCCAGAUUUUCAGACGCCAGUGGCUUGUCAUUGUUGAUAGACAACCAUUUUUUCACCUCUUCCACACUGACUUUACGGAAUUCAAAAGUACAAUUCUUGUCUUUCAUAAUUUGGUCAGAUAUACUUGGAUGUGUAUUGUCAGCGUUUGUUGCUGGCAUAUCAUCCUUAUAUUUGUUUAUCUUUCCAAUGAAAAAGUCAAAGUAGUUGGCAAUAUCAGUGUGUUUUGUGAUAAAUUAGCUAUCAGAUUCAAUGAAUGAUGGCGCCGAGUUGGCUUGUCCACCCAAAAUGUAAUUUAAGGUGCUCCAAAGCUUUUUACUAUCAUUUAUAUAAUUUGUUUCAUAGUAGUAGUUUAUUUUUAUUUAGUUAAUCACGUGAUUUCUUAAUUUGCAGUACGUUUGCCAAUCAGUUGAGCUGCCAGACUUAUUUGCCAUACCUUUUGCCUCAUUCCUCUCAACCAUACCAUUUUUUAAAAACUGUUCCACAAGGAUGCUAGCCCAUGUUGAAAGGCAAUUCAAGCUUUUGUCUUACCCAUUCACCCUCUGAAUGGCAUGCAUACACAAUCCAUGUCUCAAGGCUUAAAACGCUUCCCUUAACCUUACUCUUCUCCUUCAUAUACACUGUUUGAUGUGGAUUUAACAGGUGACAUCGAUAAGGGAUCAUAGCUUUCACCUGGAUUCACCUGGUCAGUCUGUCAUGGAAAGAGCAGGUGUUCCUAAUGUUUUGUACACUCAGUGUAGAGUCCAGUUUUGGUUCCAGGAUCAAUGUUAACACUUGUUAUUUUAAAGGAGGUGAGUGUUGGCCUACCAUUCCAGCGCAAAGAUAUUACAGAGAAUAUAUCCAUUUGGUGACUGUGUUCUUUUUGGAAUCUGCAGUUGUACUGUGUUUGAUUUACAAAACAUUGAUAAAUUGAGAGGAAAUAUAAAGUGAUUAUUUGGUUAAAAAAUGUUGUGCAUUUGGACCACUACUAUAGAUUUGGUAUAUUGUUAAUGUUUUGUACACUCAGCGCAUGUCAACCUGUGUCAAAUAAUCUAUGUUAAAAACGUUGUAUGAGGAUCCGCCCCUUUUUUCCAAUUUUCGCCUAAAAUGACAUACCCAAAUGACAUAUCCUUGCUUCAGCUCAGGCCCUGAAGCAAGGAUAUGCAUAUUCUUGGUACCAUUUGAAAGGAAACACUUUAAAGUUUGUUAAAAUGUUAAUUGAAUGUAGGAGAAUGGACCUGGUAAAAGAUAAUACAAAGAAAAAACUAUUUAUAACAUUUUUGAAACGCAAGAGAAUGGCCCUAGUGUAUCAUUCCAGCCCAGGUGCAAAUUAGAUUCUGGCCACUAGAUGGCAACAGUGUAUGUGCAACGUUUUAGACAAAUGCAAUGGUUCAUUGGAUCAAUGUUCACAUUUUUGUAUCAAGACUGAAUAAAUGUGUCUAAUUUGUUUAUUAAUAACUUUUCAUGUUAAAAAUGGUGCACUCUA